AUGGACAACCUGUCAUCGACGUAUACGGAGCUCGCCACCAAGUACGAGAACGGCACUGGCGGUGCGACACGCGAGAUUGCAAAGGCGUGUGUCGGCGCCGCGCCUUCCAUUACAUCCGAUUCGGUCGUGCACGAUAAUGCGUGCGGCCCAGCGAUCGUCACGAGUGUGAUUAUGGGCCAAGGCACCAGGCCUUCCAUUUAUGCCACCGAUUUUGCCAAGGGAAUGGUGGACGUUACUCGGGCCUUUUCUCAGCAGAAUGGAUGGGACAAUGUCCACUGCCAAGAAAUGGAUGGCCAGCACCUUUCGUUUGCCGACAAUUUCUUUACGCACUCUUUCAGCUGCCUAGGCGUGUACCUCUUUCCCGACUCCAAGAAAGGCGUCGCGGAAAUGUACCGCACACUCCAACCCAAUGGAUUUGCGUGCUUUUCUUCGAUGAAAGACCCCGUGUGGCCCGCAGUUGCCCUCAAAGUAUACCAGGAGCGCUUUCCCAAUGCCGAAAAGCCGCUGCAAUUCCCCGAGACGCCGGAAUGGUACCAUGAAGCAGACAUCCAAAAGACGCUCAAGGAGGCUGGAUUCCAGGAUAUCCAUGUGAUCGAAGUGCCUGCGACUUUUCACUAUGCGGAUGAGGCGACGGGCCGUGCGACGUGGCACGGAAUGCUGACGAUGUUUAGCGCGACGCUGCGUGAACUCGACCAAGAAACCUAUAACGCCUUCUUUGCGCAAUUCUGGAAAGAACUUCUUGAGAACCACGGCACUAGCAUGCCCGACGGAAAAACGACGCGCGCCAUUUGCAAGAGCAAGCUCAAGGCCUUUAGCGCGGCGCUCGGCAAGGUGGACGAUGUCACCCAUGAUGCCUACGUUACCCAAUUCUGGGACAAGCUUGCCAAGAACCAUGUGUACUUAGAAGACAAUUGGUGCACCAUCAUAAAGGUGCGUGCGUGGCUCGCGACGGCGACCAAGUAG